AGCUGUUACGAUGGAGCUGUGUGAAGUGUAGGAGGCGAGACAGACUAUAAAGACGACGAGUGGCUGCUAUGCUGCAGGAGUCCUCUGACCAUCAGCCACAAAGGAACCAGGGUGAACGUGACUGAAUCAACAACAACAACAACAAAGAUGUUUCUCGCUGAAGUUGCUGUGGCAACUCUGAUGCUGUCAUUUGUCUCUUCAAGACCAUCUGUGACUGACUGCGGCGGUAAAGCGGCAGACAUCGUGUUCGUUGUGGACACAUCAAGUUCAAUAUGGCCGCCUAAUUUUCAUCAACAUGUGCUUCCGUUCGUCAGUGACGUUGUCGACGCGUUUGACGUGGGACCAGGCGACCAACAAACACGUGUUGGAAUGAUCACGUUCGGAAACACAUACCACCACCAGUUCCACCUGAAGGACUACCAGGACAAAGAAUCACUGACAAAGAAAAUCCGCAAUACGCCAUUCAGGGGAGGUAACACCAAGACGGACGAAGCUCUGGACUACGUGAGAGACGAGAUGUUUGCACGUGAGAAUGGUGCGCGUGAAGGGGUCACCCACAUUGCUGUUAUUCUCACUGAUGGCGAGUCUGAUGACACGGAACUGACCAAGGUGUCUGCAUCUCUUGCUAAGAAAGAUGGAAUCCAGAUUUUUGCUAUCGGCGUUGGGAAUCGCGUUGUAUACUCUGAGCUGAGUAACAUCGCUUCGGAUCCUGAUAGUCAGUUUAUGUUCCACGUUGGAAACUUCCGUGCUCUCGACAGUAUUAAAGAUAAACUUGCAAUCCGUACUUGUGCAGCUACGACUAAAGCUCCUCCAACGACAAAGCGCCUGACGACACCGACCACUACCACCACCACAACCACCACCACCACACCGAAGCCAUCAACAACAACAACGACAACAACCACUACUGCGCCAACAACCACUACUGAACCAACAACAACCACCACACCAACCAUCAGAACAUCUCCAGUACAGUCACCAUCCACUUUCCCUCCACGAACACCAGCAAAGAUUGGAGGAACUACAACCGCAGCACCACCAACAUCAACAACGGAACGACUAAGUGGCGACCAGGGCCAAGCCGACAAAGAUACAGGCACUGAUGACUGCAAGAGCAAGCCUGCCGACAUUUUUUUCAUUCUGGAUGUGUCCGCUAGUCUUUACAUCAAAUACUUCAAAGAACAUGUUAUCCCAUUUGUCUCUGGUGUCGUCAAGGACUUCGACAUCAGCCCCGCCCACACUCGUGUCGGACUUGUCACCUUCGCCGACAACGUCACAUCUGUUUUCGGAUUGGACACCUACAAAGCCAGUGACGAACUUCAGAAGGCAAUAUCCCCCGACAACAUUGUUUACACCGGUGGUAGAAAAACCAACACAGCUGACGCCAUAGCUUACGUCAGAGACGUCGGUUUUGCUCGUGAUGUUGCGAGAAAAGGAGUCACCAAGAUGGCCGUCGUUGUCACAGAUGGUAGGUCAUACGAUCCUAUUUUGACAGCAAAGGAAGCUAAAGACGCCAAGGAUUCUGGCAUCUUCAUGUUUGCUGUUGGUGUUGGUCCCAGCAUUGAGCCAGUAGAGAUGAAAGCUAUUGGCAGUCAUCCAGAAGAACAGUUUGUUUUCCAUGUCAACCAUUUUGGCGCCCUGGCUGGUGUGACAGACCUACUGAAGGAGGAGACGUGCAGACUUAAGGGAGCGAAUACUAUCAUCAUUGACCCUGAGAAUUGCGUCAUUGGUCCCACGGACAUCAUGUUUGUCUUCGAAUCUGCCUCUAAACUCCCGUCAAGCCGCAGCAUCAUGAGAACAGUCAUCACCAACUUUGCUGAGAAACUGAAGGUGAAGGCCGAGCAGGUGCGUGUUGGGUCACUGACUGACCCUUGUCCUGAUGAGGAGGAUCUGACCUUCAUCAGCCUGGAGACCUUCAAACAAAAGGUCGGCACCAUCGUACAGAACACACAGGGACAGAUGCACCGUCUUAUCAAGACCCUGUUGACAGAGAAGUUCAAGGAAAAGACCGUUCGCCGCCAGGUGGCAGUGUUGUUCUUGGAUGCGAACACGCGAAAAGGAGCUUUGGUGGUGCGUCAGGCGAUGAAACUGAAGAAACAAGGCGUGGAGGUUUAUGUCGUUGCUGUAGGUGAUGUCUCUGAGUACAUGGUGGCUGGAUCAGCAUCGGAACUGCUUGAGGAUCACGUGAUACGGCUCCAGAGUUACCCUCAUCUCAAAUCAGUGAAGCUGAACAAGCUCUGGAACAUUUGUACAGCUCAUUGGCUCCCGUAUAGCGCAAGCUGUGACACCCGGUUUAAAGCUUGGCUGCAUCCUGCUGCUUCACAUGAAUGGUUUUGUGCCUGGAGCUGUGUAUUUUGUACACGGGGCAGUCGGCCAGAGGUCAUACAUCUGACACUAGGCUUUCAUCUCUGUUUUGCCUUUUGCACCCAACUGAAUCUGUUUCGGCAGAUAUUUGAUUUUGAUCAUACUCUGUCGUUGACGUCACAUAUUAUAUGUAUUAGGAUUCUACCACGGCGAUAUUCAAGCGAGGAGCUAUUGCGAACGAGGCGGAGAGGAUCUACCUACAAGAUGCUUUCUAAAUUUGUUGCUGCUCUCGUUCUGAUGAUGUCCGCGGUAUCGUCCAUACCAUAUGAAGCUGAUUGUAGUGGUAGAGGAGUUGACAUCGUUUUCAUCGUUGACGCAUCAAGUUCAAUAUGGCCGCCAGAUUUCCAUAAUCGCGUACUGCCCUUUGUUAGCAAUGUGAUCAAGCUUUUUGACGUGGGACCGGGCGACCAACAAACACGUGUUGGAAUGAUCACGUUCGGAAACACAUACCACCACCAGUUCCACCUGAAGGACUACCAGGACAAAGAAUCACUUGCCAAGAAAAUCCUCAAUACACCAUUCAGGGGAGGUAACACCAAGGUAAAUGAAGCUCUGGACUACGUGAGAGACGAGAUGUUUGCUCGUGAGAAUGGUGCGCGUGAAGAAGCCACCAACAUUGCUGUUAUUCUAACUGAUGGCGAGUCUGAUGACACGGCAUUGACAAAAGAAUCUGCAUCUCUGGCUAAGAAAGAUGGAAUCCAGAUCUUUGCUAUCGGCGUUGGGAAUCGUGUUGUGUACUCUGAGCUGAGGAACAUCGCUUCGGAACCUGAUAGUCUUUUCCACGUUGGAAGCUUCCAAGCUCUUGACAGUAUCAAAGAAAUACUUGCAAGACGUACCUGUGCAGUUGCGAUAAGAACAACAACUUCAAUUACCACAAGUGAGCCAACAGUCAAAUCAACCACUGAACCAACCACUCUAAAGCGAGCUUCAACUACAGCGACCUCUACUGCCCCGUCCACCCCUCCGCGAACACCAGCAGCUGCAGCCCCAGACAAGUCUACAGCUGGAAGAUUCAUCGGUGACGAAGGUCACCUGGAUAAUGACGAGGACGACUGCAAGAGGAAGCCUGCCGAUAUUUAUUUUAUUCUGGAUGUGUCCGCUAGUCUGUAUAUCAAACAUUUCCAAGAAAUGAUCAUCCCAUUUGUCUCUGACGUCGUCAAGGACUUCGACAUCGGCCCCGCCGACACUCGUGUCGGACUUGUCACCUUCGCCGACAACGUCACAUCUGUUUUCGGAUUGAACACCUGCACAACCCGUGACGAACUUCAGAAGGCAAUAUCCCCCGACAACAUUGUCUACACUGGUGGUCGUAGAACCAACACAGCUGACGCCAUAGCUUACGUCAGAGACGUCGGCUUUUCUCGUGAUGUUGCCAGAAAAGGAGUCACCAAGAUGGCCGUCGUUGUCACUGACGGAAUGUCAUACGAUCCUAUUUUGACAGCAAAGGAAGCUAAAGUCGCCAAGGAUUCUGGCAUCUUCAUAUUUGCUAUUGGUCCCAGCAUUGAGCCAGUAGAGAUGAAAGCUCUUGGCAGUCAUCCAGAAGAACGGUUUGUUUUCCAUGUCAACAACUUUGACGCCCUGGCUGAUGUGACAGACAUAUUGAAGGAGGAGACUUGCAGACUUAAGGGAGCAAAUACUAUCAUUAUUGACCCUGAAAACUGCGUCAUUGGUCCCACGGACAUCACGUUUGUCUUCGAAUCGGCCUCUAAACUCCCGUCAAGCCGCAGCAUCAUGAGAACAGUAAUCACCAACUUUGCUGAGAAACUGAAGGUGAAGGACGAGCAGGUGCGUGUUGGGUCAGUGACUGACCCUUGUCCUGACGAGGGGGAUCUGACAUUUUUCAGUCUGGAGGCUUUUAUGCGGAAAAUCAGCACCAUCAUAUCGCACACAGAGGGACAGAUGCACCGUCUCAUCAAGACCCUGUUGACAGAGAAGUUCAACGAAAAGACAAUCUCCGUUCGCCGCCAGGUGGCAGUGCUGUUCUUGGAUGAGAAUACACGAAAUGGAGCUUUGGUGGUGCGUCAAUCGGUGAAACUAAAGCAACUUGGCGUGGAGGUUUACGUCGUUGCUGUAGGUGAUGUCUCUGAGUACAUGGUGGCUGGAUCUGCAUCAGAACUCCUCCAAGAUCACGUGAUACGGCUUCAGAGCUACCCUCAUCUCAAAUCAGUGAAACUGAACACGCUCUGGAACAUUUGUGCAGAUGCUGAGAUCACCAAACCGAAACACCAGUGAUCUUUACGAUGAUGCUACGGACAAUCUUCAAUGUGUCGAAUACUCAGACUUUGUUCAAGGUUGUCACACGUGAUCUGAACGUGCGCCAAACAUCCAGCUCGAGGAUAUCAGGAUCAUCCCUGAAUGAUCCAUGACAAGUUGAGGAACUGCUGU